AUGGCCUAUAGGGUCCUGGGCCGCGCGGGGCCACCUCAGCCGCGGAGGGCGCGCAGGCUGCUCUUCGCCUUCACGCUUUCGCUCUCCUGCACUUACCUGUGUUACAGCUUCCUGUGCUGCUGCGACGACCUCGGCCGUAGCCGCCUCCUCGGGGCACCUCGCUGCCUCCGCGGCCCCAGCACGAGCGGCCAGAAACUUCUCCAGAAGUCCCGCCCCUGUGAUCCCCCCGGGCCGACGCCCAGCGAGCCCAGCGCUCCCAGCGCGCCCGCCGCCGCGGUGCCCGCCCCCCGCCUCUCGGCUUCCAACCACUCUGGCUCCCCGAAGCUGGGGACCAAGCGGCUGCCCCAGGCCCUCAUCGUGGGCGUGAAAAAGGGGGGCACCCGGGCCGUCCUGGAGUUUAUCCGCGUGCACCCGGACGUGCGGGCCUUGGGCACCGAACCCCACUUCUUUGACAGGAACUACGGCCGCGGCUUGGACUGGUACAGGAGCCUGAUGCCCAGGACCCUGGAGACUCAGAUCACACUGGAGAAGACGCCCAGUUAUUUUGUCACUCAAGAGGCCCCACGGCGGAUCUUCAACAUGUCCCGGGACACCAAGCUCAUCGUGGUGGUGCGGAACCCAGUGACCCGUGCCAUCUCUGAUUACACACAGACGCUCUCCAAGAAGCCCGACAUCCCAACUUUCGAGGGCCUCUCCUUCCGCAACCGCACUCUGGGCCUGGUAGACGUGUCCUGGAAUGCUAUCCGCAUCGGCAUGUACGCGCUGCAUCUGGAGAGCUGGCUGCGCUACUUCCCGCUGGCCCAGAUCCACUUCGUCAGUGGCGAAAGGCUCAUCACUGACCCUGCGGGUGAGAUGGGGCGCGUCCAGGACUUCUUGGGCAUCAAAAGGUUCAUCACGGACAAGCACUUCUACUUCAACAAGACCAAAGGAUUCCCUUGCUUGAAAAAGACACAAUCGAGCCUCCUGCCUCGAUGCCUGGGCAAGUCCAAAGGGAGAACUCAUGUACAGAUCGAUCCCGAAGUGAUAGAUCAACUCCGGGAAUUUUAUAGACCUUAUAAUAUUAAAUUUUAUGAAACCGUUGGGCAGGACUUCAGGUGGGAAUAAACCACCAAAGGGCUCUUCCCUCAUCUCAUUCAUGAAGUUUGCUGCCUGGGCCUCUGAUGUUCCUCUCUUAACAAACUUCACCUCCAGUCCCUUUGCCCAUCCUAGGGUCCACUGUUUUGAAACCAGGAAGUUCCCAAGGCCAAGGCCAAGAGACCAGGAGGUUCCCUGCCACUGGCUCUCACCAAUCUCCAGGCAGAUUUGAUCUGCUUCUGGCACAUCCAUUCAAUUCCCAAAUUGUCUCCCUUCCAUCAAUAAGAGGCCUUGAGUGGAUCUUCCAAUGACCAUGGAAAUUAUAAGUGGUGAUGGUUUUGUUGCUAUGAACACAACUGUCUGUUCCUGUCACCACCCACCCAGGAAUGGGUUUGUUAAUCCCAAGUGGCAUGUACUUCCCCUCUGAGCUUAAUUCCCCAGAGCAGCCCUGGGUGGUAGGACGGGAGAGCAUCCUCAGUCCUUCUCAGAUCUUGCAGAGAUUGCAAAGCUAGAAGCACCCCUUUGAUGAUGAUAUAAGGCAGUGAUUUCAAAACCUGUGGUGUCAAUGUGCUUGGAGGAUACUGUCUUUGAAAACCACUUUGUGAUUCACCCUGCUCCCUGUGAACAAAAGCACAUAACUGCUGUUACGGGUACUUUCCUCAUGCGAGCUUUCGUGUGUAGCAUGCGACGGAAUCAUGCUUGUCCAUGUGAAAUAAAUAUGGCUCUCUCGUGUCCUUAACACUGAA